UCCCAUCAGAUCACCUUCAAUAGCAACCAUGUUCUCUGUAGCUCUGCUGCUGCUGCUGGCUGCUGGAUCCUGUGUGAACAGUAUUGAUCUCAUCCAGACAGACUCAAUGGUUGUGCAGCCUGGACAGUCUCUGACCAUCAGCUGUCAGGUCUCUGGUUAUUCUUUGACUGAUAACAGCUAUGCAACAAGUUGGAUCAGACAGAGUGAAGGAAAACCAAUGGACUGGAUUUCCCAUCAGUGGGGUGGAGGAGACUUUUACCAAAAUAAUGCUCUGAAGAACAAGUUCAGCUACAGCAGAGACACUUCUGCUCUAACAGUGACUCUAAAAGGACAGAAUGUGCAGCCUGAGGACACAGCUGUGUAUUACUGUGUACGUUACCCCACAGUGAUACAAACCACCAACAGACCUGCACAAAUACCCAGAGUUUGGAGUGAGAUCAAACUGGACCAGUCUCCCUCUGAGGUGAAAAGACCUGGAGAGACAGUGAAGAUGUCAUGUAUCAUAUCUGGUUAUAGCAUGACAAGCUACUAUAUUCACUGGAUAAGACAGAGACCAGGAGAAGCUCUGGAGUGGAUUGGGAGGAUGAACACAGGUUCAAACUCUGCUAGCUAUGGCAGCUCCUUUCAAAGCCGUUUCAUCAUGACUGAAGAUGUUCCCAGCAGCACUCAGUACCUCGAGGUCCAGAGCCUGACAGCAGCAGAUUCUGCUGUUUACUUCUGUGCUCGAAGAGACACAGUGACUGAAGACAGUGGAGCAGCUGCACAAAAAACCUCCACAGACAACAAACAGCAAUGUGUUGAUGGUCAGACUCUGACAGAAUCUGAAUCAGCAGUUAAAAGACCUGGAGAAUCUCACAGAUUGACCUGUACAACAUCUGGAUUCACAUUCAGCAGCUACGCUAUGAGCUGGGUCAGACAGGCUCCUGGAAAAGGACUGGAGUGGAUCGCAUAUAUAGACACAUCUAGUACUCCUAUCUCUUACUCCCAGUCAGUCCAGGGGAGAUUCACCAUCUCCAGAGAUGACUCCAGCAGUAAACUCUAUCUGCAGAUGAACAGUCUGAAGACCGAGGACACGGCAGUGUAUUACUGUGCACGAGAGACACAGUGA